AAACCGGAUCUGAACACGACGCUUCCCAUCCGGCAAACGGCCUCGAUUUUUAAACAACCCGUCACCAAAGUCACCAACCACCCCUCCAACAAGGUCAGGUCGGAUCCCCAACGGAUCACGGAGCAGCCACGCCAGCUUUUUUGGGAAAAGAGGCUCCAGGGCCUGAGCGCUUCCGACGUCAGCGAGCAGAUCAUCAAAUCCAUGGAGCUUCCCAAGGGAUUGCAAGGUAAUUUUUCCGGGAAUUUUCUUGGAAUUUUGGUGCCCAAAAAUCAGAUUAUUUUCCAAAAAAAUUCCCAGAAAAUUCCAAAAAAAUUCAGGA